CCAUGGGUAGUCCAUAUUAUCGAGAUAUGGAUGAGCCGAUCAGUCCUGCUGGUGGUCACCAUCGCAGCAGAAGCGCAACCAGAGCUCCAACGCAUUCGUUAGAGUAUCCUCGAACACGCUACCAAUCACUAGACCGUGGUUUGGUAGACCCACAUGAUCGGGAGUUCAUUCCUAUAAGAGAGCCUAGAGAUCGAUCUCGUGACAGAUCGUUGGAAAGGGGUCUCUAUCUAGAAGAAGAACUUUAUGGAAGGCCUCCGAGGCAAGGUAGAAAUCACCAAAGGCGGGGUAACAAAAACCCAAUACCAGAACGAGGAUACUUAGGAGAUUUGCAGGUUCAAAAUGGGGAACUACAACGCGAACUAGGAAAUCUAAAAAAAGAACUAGAACUAACGAACCAAAAACUUGGCAGCUCGAUGCACAGUAUCAAAACCUUUUGGUCUCCUGAGUUGAAAAAAGAACGUGCACUGCGGAAGGAGGAAAGUGCAAAAUACAGUUUAAUUAACGAUCAGCUAAAACUGUUAAAUAGCGAAAACCAGAAACAAGCAAUGUUGGUGCGACAAUUGGAAGAAGAAUUGCGAUUAAGAAUGAGAGCACCAAACAUUGAAAUGCAGCAGCAAAUGGAGGCGCUCUACGCAGAGAACGAACAUCUUCAACGUGAGAUAUCGAUUCUACGAGACACAAUCAAGGAAUUGGAGCUCCGAAUAGAAACCCAAAAACAAACUCUUCAAGCUCGAGACGAAAGCAUAAAGAAGUUGCUAGAAAUGCUGCAAAGUAAAGGAAUGGGUAAGGAGGAAGAAAGACAAAUGUUUCAACAAAUGCAAGCGUUGGCCCAAAAACAGCUCGAUGAUUUUCGUCUGGAAAUUUCUCGGCGUGAUCAGGAAAUUAUGGCCAUGGCGGCAAAAAUGAAAACACUCGAAGAACAACAUCAGGAUUAUCAACGACAUAUAGCUGUUCUUAAGGAAUCUUUGUGUGCCAAAGAGGAGCAUUACAAUAUGUUACAGUCAGAUGUUGAAGAACUUCGGAAUCGUUUGGAAGAUAAAAAUCGCAUGAUUGAAAAAAAAACGCAAGGCACCAUGCAUACUGUUCAAGAAAAAAAUCGUUUACAAACAGAACUUACUGAACUAAAAGAGCACAUGGAUAUUAAGGACCGAAAAAUUAAUGUUCUGCAACGAAAGAUUGAAAAUUUGGAAGAUCUGCUCAAAGAAAAAGAUAACCAAGUCGACAUGGCACGUGCCCGCCUAAGUGCCAUGCAGGCCCACCACUGUAGCUCUGAAGGAGCGCUGACCAGUCUUGAAGAAGCUAUCGGUGAUAAAGAAAAGCAAAUGCAACAGCUGCGAGAUCAGCGGGAUCGGGCUGAAGCAGAGAAGAAAGAAGAACGAGAACUUCACGAGCGAGAGCUAGCAGAGUUCAAGAUGAAGCUUCAUACACUGGACAGCGAGGUUGAAAAACUUACCACGCGCCUUCAUCGAGCGCUAGCCGAAAAGGACCGUCUGGAGACAAAACUGGAGAGCUCCCAAAGUGAGCUUGGCAAAUCGAAGGCAGAACUAGAUAAGGCAGCAACGGAUGUUGGCCGCAGUGGAGCAGAUUGGGAGCAUGCAAAACAGCGAAUAUCCCGUCUGGAACUAGAAAACGAAAGACUGCGAAAUGAACUCGAACGAUCACAGGUACAAAAGUAUAUCAAUCUGGAAACAACAUUUGGUAGAUCUACUCUUAGUACAUCACAAGAGCUUGAUCGUGCUCAAGAACGCGCCGACAAAACGACUAACGAACUACGCCGUACGCAAGCCGAGUUACGAGUCACGCAAACUGAUGCGGAACGAUCAAGGGCUGAAGCGGCCGCGUUACAAGAGAAAUUAGAGAAGAGCCAAGGUGAAGUGUAUAGGCUCAAAGCUAAACUUGAAAACGCACAAGGUGAACAAGAAAGUUUAAAACAGGAAAUGGAGAGAGGACAGGCGGGCAUACAACGAAUUGUUAGUGAAAGAGAUAAGGCGUACGCUGAGCUGGAAAAAAUUCGCGAAGAAAUGGAGCGCACGCAAGCUACUCUUGGAAAAUCCCAACUUACCCAAGAAAAGCUACAAAAUUCGCUGGACAAAGCACAAAACGAAGUAGAUCAUCUCCAAGAGAAGCUGGAUAAGAGUGGCGGAGAGAUUCGCAGGCUACAAUUGGAGAAAGAGAAAAUAAACUAUGAGUUUGAAAAUAUUCAAUCUCAGUUGGACAAAUCUUUGGGCCAGUCGUCGCGAAUUCAGAAAGAAAAAGAAACGGCACAAAUGGACCUCGAUCGACACCGAGAUAAGUUGGACAAACUCCAAGCUUCACACGCUCGCCUUCUGAAAGAAAGAGACGCUUUGUGUACCGAGCUUGAGAAGCUGAAGGAAAAAUCCGAAUCAACCCAAAGCAACGCGCUCAAAUACCAGCGUGAACGCGACGCUAUUCAGACCGAGCUUGAAGUUGUUAAAGAACGAUGGGAGAAAGCGCAUCAAAUUCAUCAGAAGCUGCAAAUGGAGAGAGAUGAUGCCAUUACCGAAAUCGAUAUUUUGAAAGAAAAGCUCGACAAGGCUCUUUACGCCAGCCAAAAAGUGAUCGACGAAAAGGAAACUUCCACGAAGGAGUUCGAAAAAAUGCUCGAGAAGUACGACCGUGCACAGAACGAAAUCUAUAGACUGCAGUCUCGUGUCGAUACUGCCGAAGCCGAUCGAAACCGGCUAGAGAUUGAAAAUGAACGAUCAGCACUAGCUGCAACCAAAGCUAGAGAAGAUUUGCGCAAACUACAAGAGGAAACCUCGCGCCUACAGGAGGCCUGUGAUCGGGCGGCGAUGCAACUCGGACGUUCGAAGGAACUGGAAGAUAAGGCCAAGGAAGACGUGGAUAUGAUACGCGAGCGUUUGGACAAAUGCCAGACCGAUUUGCGACGAGCGCAAUCGGAAAAGGAAAACAUGCAGACUGAAAACGAGCGACUCACUUAUGAGAUUGACCGUUCCCACAACCUGUACACUAAGCAAACAGCUUCCUUAGACUCAGCACAAGAGGAAAUCGCUCGUUAUGGUUUGGAGAUUGAGAAGAUGCGUGAACGCUAUGAAAAAACAGCAGCUGAGCUACGACGGCUGCAAGAAAACGAGUCGUUCUCGCGGGAGGCUCGCCGUAUGAAGGAUGAAAAUGAUCGGUUGCGUGAAAAGUACGACAAAGUCAUUGUAGAGUUGGAGAACUUCCGCGGUAAAUCACAAUAUGAACAAGAAACGUUCGAUAAAAUGAAAGAGAAGUUCGAGUCACGAGAGAACGAGUUCCAGACUAUGGAACUUAAAUUGCAUGAGACAAGCUUACAACUCGACCUUGCGCGAUCAGAGGUGUCGAAAAUGGUCGCUAAUCAGGACAAACAACGAUCCGACGCGGAGAGAGCACACAUCGAGUACGAAAAAAUACGAGACAAGCACGAAAAGCUCAUCAAGGAAGUAGAGCGCCUACGGCAAAAUCCACAAUCGGCCAUAAGUCCAGGAGCGUUGGCAGCUCCAGCGUUGGCCAGCGGUAGCUUAAACGACAAAAAUGAAAUUGAUCGACUACGCGAACGUCUCGAAAAAGCUUUACAAAACCGGGAUGCUACCGAACUCGAGGCGGGUCGACUAGCAAAAGAACUGGAAAAAGCACAGAUUCAUCUCACCAAACAGCAGGAAGUGUACGAGGCGACUCGUAUCGAGUUCGAACGUAUGUCCGCUGAACUAACGCGAGUUCUAGAAAGACUGGAGAAAUCGGAAGCAGAAAAAGAGACCCUGCGUCAAUCGACAAAGAUAUACGAAAAACACCAUCAACAACAUGCCAGCAAUCAUCACGUGGAACACAAUCUACUUAAGCUGGAAGCGGACAACAAGCAACUAAUGGCCGAAAGAGAUCAACUAGUGAUGCAACUUGAAAAAAGUCAGGAUAUGCUAAUGAGCUUCCAGCAGGAACUGAAUGCCGCAGAAUUGGAACUUCAGCGACAGUGCGAAGAGAACAGACGACUAAAAACAUCUCCUCAACAGCCCGGCACAGCUCAAGUUUCCGCUCAAAAUCAUGCCAAUGUGCAAGAACUACAAAAUUAUAAGAAGGAAAUUACCAAAUUAAAACAAAUGCUCCAAGAAACCAAUGCCCGAGGCGAUAAUGAACUAGAGCAAUGGCGCAAAGUUGUAGAGCAGGAGAAAAACCGAGCCGAUCAAGCUGAAAAGGCAGCAAUUGAACUACAAAAACGAAUGCAGCUCAUGGAGCAGCAACUCAAGCAACAGCUCCUACAAAUGACCAAUAUGCAAAAGCAGAUGCAACAGCAAUCAACACAAUAUCAACAACAGCAAUCUCCUGUUAAAACGAAGGAAUUAGAGACCCUUCAGGAGGAGCUGAAAACCGCAGUAUCUCAGCGUGAUCAAUUUCAAAACCAACUGGAGUUAUUGGUCCAGGAACUGGAAAAAAGCCAAACCGAAGCACAGGAUGCCACCAAAAAGGCACAGCAACAACAGCAACAAAUGGCUCAACUGCAGCAACAGAUUCAACAGCUACAACAACAAUUACAACAAGCAACGCAGGCAGCUAGCACGGCACACAAAACUGCUCAGAACCCAAGUGUAACUGAAGCAGAGCGCAAGCAACUCGAAGCUCAGAUGAAACAGAUCGAGGAUGCUACUCGACUACUUGAUAGUGAACGUAAAACGUUCGAAGAUCAGCGCAAAGUAAUCGAAACCAAGCGCAAAGAGCUGGAGGACAAAGAGAAAAACCUCAUUGAAUUUGAUAAACAACUUAAGAAACGUAAAGAGCAAAUGGACCAACUUGAAAAAUCUCUGCAAAAGGCUGGUGGUACCACUGCUGCUGCAGGAGAAUUAAACAAACAGUUAACAGAAACCCAACAGAUGUUAGAAAAGGCAUCGACGGAUCUGGCAGAAGCCCGUGAAGACGCACAACGUUCUGCGGCAGAAACCGAACGCUUGCUACAAUUGGUGCAAAUGACGCAAGAGGAACAAAACCAAAAAGAAAAAACCAUAAUGGAUUUGCAGCAAGCCUUAAAAAAUGCUCAAGCUAAACUUAAAACCGCACAAGCACAGCCACAGGACGCAGGACCUGCAGGAUUCCUCAAGAGCUUUUUCUAA